CAAGUCACACGGUGUUAGUCCUUGUCACUCAGAAAGCCUCUCUCCAGCACCAAGGCCUGAUUGAGCCUGCGUCUCUUCUCUUACAGGCAUGACAGCAAGCACCGUGGCAGCUUUGAUCCUCAUGACGUCCUCCAUCAUGUCAGUCCUGGGGUCCCUGUACCUGGCCUACAUUCUGUACUUUGUGCUGAAGGAGUUCUGCAUCAUCUGCAUCGUCACGUACGUGCUGAACUUCCUUCUUCUCAUUAUCAACUACAAACGACUAGUUUACCUGAACGAGGCCUGGAAGCGGCAGCUGCAACCCAAGCAGGACUGACGCCCGACAGACUCUGA